GGACGAUUUAACAAACCCGUGACAAAUCGGCACAUCUCCUUGAGUAGUUGCAAAUCCGUUUAUUUUGCUCCCUCCCUUCAAGAGAGGGAAACAAGAGUCGAGGUGGGACGCGGCGGAGCCAAGACCAGCUAAACUCUCAACUCUCACUUCGCCGUGUUCUUCUCAGUCGCACUUUGACGUACGCCUGACAACACUAAGUCUUUUUCAUGUACGGAAAUUAAGUGAUGGCAGAUUUUUCACCGUGUAGAGCAUCUGUCAUCUUGGUGCUCCUGCAGAUAUUCGGAUAUACUUGUUCACUGAGGCGGACUGCAGACAGUGGUUUGGAGACUCUCAGUCCUCCUCUGGAUGUGGAGCUGGAAACACUGAACUGCACAGCAGUUGCUGUCAGGUGGAGGGUGCCACGGCGACACGUCACCGCUGUCAUGGGUUACCGGGUGUUCUUAACAGAGGUGAAUAACAGUCCAGUAGGAACACCUAUUACACGGAAUGUCCCUGUCCGCAUUGACAUGUUGAAAGGGGUACCAUGGGAUGGACUUGCUGAAUUUAGCACCGAGGUGUCCAGUCUGAAGAACGAUAGCCAGUACCAUGUGACCAUUGCAGCCUAUGGGUGGGCAGGGGAGGGACGACCCAGUAUGCCUAGGGGCAUCACGCCAGCCUCGCAUGAGAGAUGCUUCAGACCAGCCCCCCCAUCAGUGCCGGAUGUGGUAGUAGGAUCUCAUACACAAAUUGUGGUGUCAUGGAAACCGGGUGCAUCAGAAGGAGCUUCGCCUGUUCAGCACUUCCUGGUUUCCUACACCAGACCAGAGGUGGACACGGAGUGGACAACUCUUCGCGUGCCCGUUCCGACCACCUCUAUGGUCCUGAGAGGACUGAGCCCAGACACACUGUACCAGUUCAUGGUCCAAGCAGUGAAUGCAAACGCCGCUAGUCCCCCAAGCUCUGUCAGUGGCAUCUGGACUCUCAGUAUUCAAGAUGCUGGCAGUGGAGCAAUCAGUACACAGCGUCUCGCGCGUCCCGUUACCAAUGACCAGGCUGCCGUCGUUGACUAUGACUACAGUGCCAACACUGAGGAGCUAUCUCCCAAGAAAGAGGUUCACAUGCCCUCCCAACCUGAAGCGCCAGCCUCUCAGAUUGGUGGUAACAUCUGGAGCUUUGCCCCCUUGGCUGCCGUCUCUGCCCCCUCUGAUGCCCCUUCUGGCGCCACCCUGGGUCCUCCUCUGCCCCCGGCCGCCUCCAUGACCCAGUGGCAGGGGGCGCUGAGGCGCCUGUACGACCUGCCCUGCGAGGACGCCGUGUGCCCCCCGCACACCAUCUGCGUGGAUGACCAUACCAGCGGGGGCUCCCGAUGCCAGUGUGCCCUGGGCAGGCAAGGGCCAUCCUGCUCGGAGAUUGUGCUGAUGCAGUUCCCCAGGCUGUUUGGCUACUCCUACAUGGCCUUCGACCCCCUGAAGAAUUCCUUUCACUCCUUCCACAUCAGUCUGGAGUUUAAGGCAGACAGUGUAGAUGGCCUCCUGUUCUACUGUGGAGAGAAUGAACAUGGCUAUGGGGACUUCUCCUCUCUGGCUCUGAUCCGAGGGAAGCUGCACUUCAGGUAUAACUGUGGGACGGGGGCUGCUCAUCUGGUGAGCGAGAGGCCGGUGGUUCCUGGCCAGUGGCACAGCGUGAGCGUCCACAGGGAAGGCACGAGGGGCUGGCUCCGCCUGGAUAAUCACACGCCUGUCACCGGACACUCACAGGGAACAUACACCAAGAUCACCUUCCGCACGCCACUGUAUGUAGGCGGCUCUCCCAAUGGCUAUUGGCUGGCGAGGGCGGCUGGGACCAACCGAGGGUUCCAGGGUUGCCUGCAGAGCCUGUCGGUCAACGGAAAGCGGGUAGACAUGAGGCCCUGGCCGCUGGGGCGGGCACUCUCCGGGGCUGAUGUUGGCGAGUGCAGCGAGCAUGCCUGCUCCGGCGUGUCCUGUGCCAACGGGGGAACGUGCUUCAGCACUCGAGCAGAUGCCCACAUUUGCCUUUGCCCGCUGGGAUACGGAGGAGCACAGUGCCAGGAGAGCGUUUGGCUGGCCGUUCCGCACUUCAACAAGUCACUGCUGUCGUACGCUAGCGCCCCCUGGCCUCAUCCCCAGCGCCACUACCUGUCCUUCACUGAGUUCGACAUCACCUUCCGGCCGGCGGCGGCCAACGGGACCCUGCUCUACUGUCAGGAUGCCAACAGCAGUGACUUCCUGGCGGUCACCCUAGUGGGCGGUCAUGUGGAGUUCCUCUUCGACUGUGGCACAGGAGCUGCUGUUCUCAGGAGUGAGGAGGCGGUCAGCCUGUUCAGGUGGCACGAGGUGCGGGUAUCUCGCACGGCCAGGAAGGGCAUCUUGCAAGUGGACAGCCAGAAAGCAGUGGAGGGCCUGGCAGAGGGGGCAUUCACUCAGGUCCGCUGCAGCUCUCCUCUGUAUCUGGGUGGAGUCCCAGACUACGGUGCCACCCGGAGGGACUCUGGAGUACUGGAGCCUUUUACUGGGAGCAUACAGCAGGUCCUGCUGAAUGACCGGGUCAUCCCGCUCACAGCGUCCUCACUGGAGGGGGUGAACGUGGGGAAUGUGGAGCACCCCUGUGGCACGCGGCCAUGUGCCAACGCUGGACAGUGCCAGCCCAGAGAGGACCAGUACCAGUGCGACUGCCCGAUAGGCUUCCAUGGAAGCCAGUGCCAACAAGCGUGCGCCGACCUGUGCCGCCACAUAGUGACAGAAGACAUUGAGGUUCCUCUCUUCACUGGUAGAAGCUACCUCAAAUUUGACAGCAGAAAUAUUUUGAAACGGCUCUCUGGCUUGCGGACGCAUGUCCAGCUGCGCUUCAGAUGCUUUGCCCCCAACGGGCUGCUGCUGUGGAGAGGAGAGGGGCCUGGUCUCGCUGGAGCGGACUUCAUGUCUCUUGGCUUGCAGGGUGGAGCGAUCAUCUUCAGCUUUGAUCUUGGUAGUGGACUUGGUGUGGUGGUGGUCAAUGGAACUUUUAAUGAUGGUCAGUGGCACCAGUUGAAAGCCGUAAGAGAUGGGCAAUAUGGCCGGGUGGUUGUGGAUGGUCAGAGGACCAGCAGAGGACAGUCGCCAGGGAGAAUGAGGCAGCUCAACUCCAAUGGACCUCUGUAUAUAGGGGGUAUGAAGGAGAUCUCUCUGCACACUCACAGGCAGUACAUGAGAGGCCUGGUGGGCUGCAUCUCCCACCUCUCUCUCUCCCCCAGCUUCCAUAUCGCCUUGAUCGAUGAGGCCUCGGACGGCAAGAACAUUGAAACAUGCCUCGAGUGACCUUACGGACCCACCAGAGACCCCCUCUCAUGAACCUCCUCCUCCUCUUCCUCCUCCUCUUCCUUCAACUACCUGGCUGAACAUUAUCAGCAUCAUAGUUGGCCCCACAAGGCUUCCGUUUUAACAUUCCAAAUGUUAUCUUAAUGCAGAGGAAGUAGAUUGGGAAACAAAUAGAACGUUCAAGCAUUAUUUUUCUUUUUAUUGUUGAAAGGGUCUAUAUUGUUUAUUUUUUGCUCCUUACAGACAACCACUGCCAGCCAUAGCCAGUACUACCGUACCCUUCAUAUGUUAUUUCAGUCGCUCUUAAAUGUCCCCUCCACUAUGCACCUGCCAAUUCAGUAAUCAAUUCAGUAAUCCCCACUUCCCAAACCAUACCAACAUUGACAGAGUCUGUCAGCCAACUCAAGGACAUGUGUCAUCCGUUAUAAAUGAGACUUCCACCUUUGGACCAGCAGGACGAACACAAACAGCAAGAUGCUGCAUUUCCCAAAGGACUUUUUUUAUUUAUUGCACUUCCGUAUGCCUUAGAAUGAUCUUGAAAGUUGUUAGUUUUUCAUUUUGUAAAGAUAUUCUGCCAAAUGGACUGCUGGUGCUGAGGUGGCCUCCCAACACAAAGAAGAGGAGGAGGAGGAGGAGGAGGCGGAAGAGGAGAAGGAGGAGGACAAGGAUGA